AUGGGUACUGUAGUGACCAUCCGCAUCCCUAAAGUUUAUGUCAACUCCUCUCCUGACACUGAUGAUGUCAUUUAUAUCGAUCCGAUUGGACUUAUGUUCCUCAUUAGCUUUGCAGGUCUUCUGUUUAUCCAGUUCCUAGCUAUGCUGUGGCACAGGUCCAGGCAGGCCUGGGAUGCUGCCAAGGAGACCCCCAGAAUUGCUGAUGAACUGAAACCUCGCAAGCUCUUAAGCUUCAUCCAGAUCAUCAUAUGUACUUUGGUGGGAAUCCUGGUGUUUGCUUUUGCCUUCUUUAGCAAGACAUCCCUGCUGUUACUAAUAAACCUGAGCAGCCACAACACACGCAGCAUUGUGACGAAACCCUUCGUCUUACUGUUCAUCGGCUGCCUUUUAAUUGCUCCAAGUAUUUUAAUGCUGAUUAAAUGCAUCUGGAAAAUCACCUUUAAGGAUUCGAAAACCCCGUCCACACAAACGCUGAUAUGGGUUGUUUUGGUGGAAACUAUGGUGGCUCUCGGUUCUUCCAUCCUCACCAUGAUCGUCAUGCCCAGAUUCGACAUCUUAACCAAUGUGAUGCUCCUGAAUGGUGUUGCCAUUUCAUCAGCCAUACUGCAGGUGGUCACAAAUGCAAAAGCGCAUGGACAGAAACGAUUCAUCUCAACCUCCUUAGCUGCUGUGGUUUUUCUGAUUGCGGGAUACGUCUUCUUCAUUGUGAACUACCUCAGAGCGGACUCCAACUGGCGUGUGAUGGUGAUGUAUCUGGGUCUAGCCAUAACAGGCACUGUCCUGGUGUCUCUAAACUGGUGGGAGAACUACGCCACACUUUUUAGCAUGGACUUCUUCCAAAACACCAUUCGAGACAUUAAAAGGUCCAGGAACUUAGUAGGCAUCGUGUCGAGCUUGGUGCGGAUUGUAGUGACGUUUAUUGUCCUGGGAGCUUAUGUGAAACUCUCGGACCAGGAUUGGUCAUCAGUGAAGUCAGUUAAAUCAAGUUCUGUGACCAUCGUCUUGAGUCUGUUCAGCAUUCAGAUCAUCUGCUCUGCCGUGUGUCGCUGGUUGGCUGUGGCGGCGUGUAAAAUGCAUGCAGUGCGCCGGAGCUUCAUCGUUCCUCUGAUCCUCACGUCUCCGGCUGUGCUGGUCGCCUUCUUCCUGGCCAUCUAUGUUCCAUUUCUGAACUUCCAGUCAAAGGUUAUACACUCACACACACACACACACACACACACACACACACACAUACCCUUCUUAUUAUAUUUUCCAAGUUUCCACGGCACAUUUUUCAACUACUGCCAGAACUUUUGGCGUGUGAGCAACUCAAAGCUCAAUGUCAUGAACUAUUUACUGACCGACCUAACCCGCAGCUUCUGUAACCAAACGGCAUACGCGAAUGGCACAACACUGGGCUAUAGCUUGAUGGGCAUGUCUUUGGCGAGCUGGUGGGUCGGUCUGGUACUCUGCACGCUCUACAUCUGGUUUUUAAACACUCAGCGCAUUGCCAGGACCGCUGACCUGUUUGUGCGCAGCCUGUACGAAGCAGCGUUCAUCGACCAGUCCGUGCUGCUAAACGUCAAGUUUCAGGUUCCAGACUUCAAGCAUAACAGGGAGAGGGAGAAAAUGACCAUCUAUAUCUGUGCCACAAUGUGGCAUGAGACCUGGGAGGAAAUGAUGACAAUGAUCAUCUCAAUAUUCAGACUAGACAAAUUCCGACCAAAAAAGAACCAAUUUAACGAUGUCAGUUUUGAGUUCCACAUUUACUUUGACGAUGCGUUUAUCACCAAAGACAACAAACGGUGUGUCAACGAGUACGCCGAGACUCUAGUGGAAGUUAUCAAAGAGGUUUAUGAGAUAUUUAGCAAUGACACACAGGAUGUGUUUGAAGAGAGCAAGUCACUGCCGGAGCAGAAGAUUAUGCAGACCCCAUAUGGUUGCCGCUUGCAGUACAACCUUCCUCAUGGCAACACACUGCUUGUUCACUACAAGGACAAACACCAAAUCCGUCACAAAAAGAGAUGGUCUCAGAUCAUGUACAUGUACUACCUGCUUGGCUGGAAGCUGCACAGUAUUUACUACGAUAUGUACAAGGAAGGAGAUGAGCUGCUGUGUAAUGUUGAAGAACUCCUAGAGCAAGCCAAAGCAAACACCUACAUUCUGGCUCUAGAUGGAGACAUAGAUUUUCAGCCUUCUGCUGUCAUGCUUUUAGUGGACAGGCUCAGAUUGUACCCAGAGGUGGGAGCUGCCUGUGGCCGGAUCCAUCCUACUGGCACAGGGCCGAUGGUGUGGUAUCAGAAAUUCGAGUACGCUGUGGGUCACUGGUUGCAGAAGACGGCUGAGCAUGUGUUUGGAUCUGUGCUGUGCAGUCCAGGCUGCUUCAGCCUGAUGCGUGCUUCAGCACUAAUGGACGAUAAUGUCAUGAAGAGAUACACCACCAAACCAACUGAGGCUGCUCACUAUGUACAGUACGACCAGGGUGAGGACCGCUGGUUGUGCACACUGAUGCUGCAGCAGGGCUGGCGAGUGGAGUACAACGCUGCAUCAGAUUCAUACACAAAUGCUCCACAGGAGUUCAAAGAGUUCUACAAUCAGAGGCGUCGCUGGGGCCCGUCAACCAUGGCCAACACUCUGGAUCUUCUGUCCAGCGGCACAGUCACCGCUCAAGCAAACAAAUCCAUUUCCCGACUAUACAUCCUCUACCAGACCAUCACCAUGGCCGCCUCUAUACUGGGACCAGCUUCAGUCUGCUUAAUGAUCGCAGGAAGUUUUAAAUUCGUCUUUAAGAUCGAUGCCAACGUCGCUCUUGUGCUGGCAGUUUUACCCCCAGCCAUCUACAUGGCCCUCUGUUAUUACCUCAGACAUACUAAUUCAGACACCCAAAUCAACAUUGCUGCGUUCAUGAGCAUAUUGUAUGCUUUUCUAAUGAUUGCAACCAUCUUUUCUGUUAUAGGGGAAAUGGUAGUGCAGCAGACCUUCAUAACCCCGAGUGGCUUGUUCUUCAUUGGCAUCAUCACUAUGUACACGUUCACUGCUCUUCUCCAUCCAAAAGAAUUUCAUCUCAUCAUCUAUGGCUUGCUCUACGUCGUCGGCAUCCCCAGUGGCUACCUUCUGCUGGCUAUUUACUCCAUGGUCAACAUGAAUAACGUUUCAUGGGGAACACGAGAAUCCAACCAGGCCGCGGGGUCUGACGAGAAGAGAAGAGAUGUUAAGUGCCAAAAGCUGGUCAAGCUGGUCUGUGGCUACAGCCUGGAGUUUCAGCUCAAAAAAGAUGAGAAGGUGACGAGCAAACCAGAGCUGGAUCCACUUCUACCUUCAGCUGUAGAGCCUGAAACCAAAAGCACCUGCAAAUCUAAAGACGGGCAAACAACUGAAGUUGAGGAUUAUUUCAUUGAACAGCUUAAACAGAUCUCUGGUGAACUGCCCCUUAGGAUGUGUGAUCUCAGUGAGGAUGAAGAAACAUUUUGGGAGGACCUGAUUGAUCAGUAUUUAAAACCAUUAAAGACUGACAAAGCGAAGGAGGAAAGACUCAAAGCUGAUCUACAAUCCCUACGCAACAAGGCUACCUUCGUGUUUUUCAUCAGCAACGCUCUGUGGAUUGUAGCUACUUUCUUUCUGCAAGCCAUGGGUACUUCAGUGACCAUACGCAUCCCUAAAGUUUAUGUCAACUCCUCCUCUGCUUCUGACAGUUUCAUUUAUAUCGAUCCUAUUGGACUUAUGUUCCUCCUCAGCUGUUUGGGUCUUCUGGUCAUCCAGUUCCUGGCUAUGCUGUGGCACAGACUUCAGACUUUAAUCCACUUCAUCGCUUAUAAUGGGACUGAGGCUGUUGGUAACAAUAAGGCAAGACAACAGAAUCUGGCAAUGAAUUAUCUUUAGGAAAAUAUGGGCUGGAAAUGAGCAAAAGCCUACAAGUGGCUGUAGCUUAUGAUGAUCUAUGACAAGGGCCAAGGAUCUGUGAUAACCAUGAAAUGAGGGUUUGUGCCAGGAGGGGCAUUAGUCUCUUCUGCAUGAGCCCUACUUUUGGGAAAGAUCAGACUUCUGGUUUUUAUGACGACCCGGCAAAGUCAACGUUUUUCCCAUCGGAAACCUUCAACCAGAACUACAUGGACAAGCUAAACAACCUUUCAGCCUCAACUACCCCACAGCCAAAUACCCAUCAACCCUAAUUACCCCAACAGCUUAAUACCUCCUCAGCCUUAACUACGUCACAGCCAAUUACCCUUCAACCCUAUGUAGUAAAAACAGCUGCCAUCGCCAACAGUCAGUGACCUCUCUCUGUGACCUUCAUCACAUCCUUUGGACCGGACUUCCUAAAGAGGCUCAUACCUCCACAUUUCAGGGCAUUUCACCUCUUUAAGAAAGAGACCUCCAAACCUCCUCACACUAUGCAAUGCAAGAACUAAAUCAUAUUACAGAGGAAUAAACUCGUUCUUACAAAACUGGCAGUCCCAACCUAAUCAACACACCAGUAACUCAUGGCUUCUUUUGCAACCUCUGGAGGGAAGGGAAAAACAAAAGCAACUUUACAGAAUCAUUAAUUAACCUGGAACAGUCAUAAAAUAGAUAACGUCUGGACCAGAUUGCAGGAGUUAGCAUUGUAUCACCUGCCUUUCACUCUUUUCCAUUUAAUACUUCAAAAAACCCUCUCGCUCAGGAAUUUCAGACCUUUGGAUCUGUCAUUUACUCCCCAAGCUGCCCUAGGGGAAGGAAGUGACUGGAGUGACUUUUUAUGCUUGCUUGUUUUCUUAUAGUUAGGCUAUUGGAAUUUAUCUACAGUAAUUUGUAUAUCCAUUGCAAGAACUACUGUAUUGAAUGCCUAAUUAUGUAUUUUUGUUAGUAAUAUUAUUAUUCACCUAAAUGGUUCCUCAAAAAUGGUUUCCAUAUUAGAGGACCUUCUAUGUUAAACCUGCUAGAUCUAUAUAUUGAUAUUUAAUGUCAUUGUAAGUUAGCUUGUUGUACCUUGUAUAAAGAAUUACAGUGGUACCUUAAACCUCAACGUCAACUGGUUCUAAGACUGGCUUCGAGUUUAAAAGGCGUUAAGUUUCAAGGUAUUUUUUCCCAUAAGGAUGAAUGGGAAACCUGUUAAUGCGUUCUAUGGUCCCAUGGACUCGCAUAUAUUUUAGGCACAUGUAAAAUAAUGGGGUUGUUUUUGACACCUAUACACGGAAAAUAACACAAAUAUAAUAUUUAUAAUAUAAAACACUGAAAUAAAAAGCUUAUUCUCACAAUUUCUCAGAACCCCGAGCUGUAAUACAAGUUUAAAAGUGAAACAGGAAGAAAAUCCAGCUAAACACAGAUACAUGUGGAUGCUUUUAGAGUGAAUCUGAUGGUUAUUCCACACAAAUGCAGAUUCGUCUCAUAUGCACAUUUUGAUGACGUAUUACCACACCGCUCAUGUCGAUCACUGAACAAAGCGGCAGUUCAUUGUUCAUUUAAAAUUAGAUUUUUAUUUUUAUUUUUUAAACAAAGUGAACACAUUGAGUUUAAGGGAAACGUUGAGUUUAAGGGUACAGAUUUCUUGACGACGAGCAUUGAGUUUCAAUGAUUUUGAGUUUAGGGGACGUUGAGUUACAAAAUACCACUGUAAUUGUUAUAUAUGUUUCGGUAUGAACCCAGAUGUUAAAACUGAAAAGUGGUUAUUCUUUGUGUUGGGGGUGAAGAAAAGUGUCACGUUUUUGUUAUGUGAAUUUGGUAGCAGUUUAUUUCUCACUGGCUACAUCCACCAAAAACUACAUCUCCCAAAUAAGUUGAAAAGGACUUACAGAGUUCAAAGUGUUUACAGAGUUCUGAGAGUUCAGUGGUGGAGCUCAUAGUGACCUGGUCAAGUUAAGUGCGCUGGUUGCAGUGAACUAACCCCAUUGGUUGGAUUUGGGUUUAGUUGUGAGCAUUUCGACGCUUUACCACUGGCCGGGUAAAGUUCUUUGAUUCUAUGAUUUUAAUUUGAUCGGUCACUGAACCGGUUCUCAAGAGUUUUGAUGCUAGAUGACCCUUCAUCACUGGCCUCUCGAAACAGCUUGCAGGUAGACUGUUCAUAUGCCUAUAGUGAAGAGUCUUUGGUUCUGAUCAUUUUAUUAUUUGCUACAUUCCAUUCCAACUAGGUGUCUCCACGAACUGAACUCCUGGCUUUGAGCAAAAUUCCUACUAUUAAAUGCACACAAAACAGAGUUUCUGUUCACUGGCACAAAGUCUGAUGUCGCCUCUCUUUCUAACUUGGUUCUUCCUAUAAACGACAUCAACGUCAAACCUUCAGUUACUGUACGCAAUCUUGGUGUUCUAUUCUCCUCUGUCUCUUCUGUCUUUUGAACCAUACAUAAAAUCUCUGUCCAGGUAUGCUUUCUUUUAUCUUCAUAAUAUUGCUCGUAUCUGCCCUCUAUAGUCCUCUAGGGCAGCUGAGACACUGGUCCAGGCUUUUGUGACUUUUCGCCUGGACUAUUGCAUCUCUCUGCUCUAUGGGCUUGCCUCUAAGUCACUUUGCCCCCUACAAAUUAUUCAAAAUUCUGCUGCUUGGAUUCUAACACAUCACCCCUGACCUUGAGCAACUUUAUUGGCUGUCCAUUAAUAAGCAUAAACAAUAUAAAAUUUAAGGCACUUCAUGGUUUAGGUCCUGUUUAUUUGUUGGACAUUCUCAAGUGCUACUACACUCCAUCCUGGAAUGUAAGGUCGUCAGAUGCUGGUCUCCUGGUAGUUCCCAGGUUCAGGCUGAGUACUAUGGGUGGUCGAUCUUUUACUAUUGCUGCCCCUUCGCUCUGGAACUCUCUUCCUUCCUCUCUAUGUUUAAUUGAAUUUGGUUUUUCUAGCAGUUCCAAUAAAAACCCAGGUGGAGCUCUGAUUCCCUAAUCUCAUUACAAUAACAUCACCCCAUUCCACCUAAUUUUACAGCUAAACAACUCCUAAGCCUUAAUUACCAACAGCUAAUUACCUCUCAAACCUAAUCACCCCAACAGCUAAAUAAUCCCUCAUCCUCAGCGACCCAAAGCCUACCAAUCAACCUUAAUUAUCCCCCACGGCCCAUCAACAACUACCCCAUCAGGUAAAUUGUCCACAACUACUCUGUUAGCCUAAUAGUCUUCAUAGUCUUCAAUAGUCGCCCCCUACAUAUAGUUAAAAAUUCUGCUGCUUGGAUUCUAACACAUCACCCCUGUCCUUGAGCAGCUUCAUUGGCUGCCCAUUAAUAAGCAUAAACAAUAUAAAAUUUUAGGUCCUGUUUAUUUGUUGGACCUUCUCAAGUGCCACACUCCAUCACUGAAUUUAAGGUCGUCAGAUGCUGGUCUCCUGGUAGUCCCCAGGUUCAGGCUGAGUACUAUGGGCGGUUUAUAUUUUACUAUUGAUAUUUGAUAUUUUACCUUUCGCUCUGGAACUCUCUUCCUUCCUCUCUACGUUCCACUUCUUCUACGUUAAAGCUCUUCUAAAGACUCACCUCUUUUCUCAGCUCUUUCUCACUUCAUCUUCUGCUAUCUCUGUGUGAUUGUUACUUUUUAUACGUAAAGCGACCUUGGGUUUUGUGAAAGGCACUAUAUAAGUGUAACUUAUUAUUAUUAUUCAUUUGGAGCAUACACUUCAAAUACGUUCUACACUGACAGUAUUAGACUUGUGUCUACAUACUUAUACUACCUUAAUUACUACUUAGUUGCAUUAACUGACCUGUUAAUUACCAGUGUAUGUUAUAGUUCUUGUGUUUAAUAAAUGUUGUAAUAAUCGAAUUUA